UCACACUCAUAUCAUGUCUGCAGGCAACGAGGUGACUGACGUGUACGGGACCGACGUGGAGAGGCUGACGGCGCUGCGUGCUGCCGAGACUGCGCUGAAGAAGACCUUGGCGGGGCUGUCGAACCCGGUGCAGGGCGUCAUGAAGGCCCGCAUCUCGCUGCGUAAGGCAUCGGCCGAUCCAGACCAGGCUGGCCGCGCAGAACUGCUGGAAAAGACGCUGACCAAGAAGCAGGCCGAGCUCGAUGCGCUCGUCGCUGAGCUUGAGACGCUCAAGGCCUCAUUCCCGGCAGCCGGUGAGCCCGACUCGACCGAGCCGUCCAAGGCCGAGAUCAUUGCGGGCGUGCUUAACGCGCUCGAGCCCGGCAAGCUCAAGUCGAAGAAGGACUUUAUGGAGUUUACAUCGACCGUUCGCACCUUUACCCAGAUCCUGUUCAAGGAGAUGGGCAUCCUCCUCACCACCAUCAAGGAACUCAAGCGCGCGCAGGCCAGCAACGACGAUGACGAGGCGUAGUCGGCCAGCACUAGCCACACAUCACGUGAUAAAGGCACACAUCCAACACAAA